AUCCGUGUGACCAGAGUACCACGAGCAGUGCAGCAGAGAGUUUGACACCACACAGAUCUAGAUUAGGUGUUUGUAAGUAUGUAGACAUGGCGUUGUGUUUUCAUGUGAUGUAAAAGUGUGACGUGGCGGAGCAUGGAAUGUCUUUAUCAGUGAGAGAGUGAACCGUUACAGUCACAUGUUUAACGUGUCAGUGAUGCACACACCGGGCUCAUGGAUGCCUCAACGGGCAGCACAGCAGAAGUGCCAGAAGCAGAAUGUUCCUCUGUGGCCAGCAGGAUGCCGUUCUGCAGUCAGGAGGGUCAGGAGUCUCCUUUGGGCCUGCUAAGUGUUGCUGAGCUCAGUCUGGGCCUGCAGUCUCUCAGACUGCCCUGCUGGGAACAGCCCUGGAACAGCGCUGAGCCUGAACAUCCAUCCAGGCCCUGCUCUCCAAAAAACAUGCUGGGAUUGUGGCCUAGUCCUCUCAGCAGUGCUCUGGACACACUGCAGGGUUGCCAGAGCUCUUUGGGUGGAGGUGAUCUGUUGGAGUGUUUUCCCAGCCUAACCCGCAUGACAGAGUCUCUUUCUUUGCUAAACUCUGGCUCUAGCAGUCCUGUCGACUCUGAGACCAGCGGCUUCUCGUCUGGAUCUGACCACCUGGUCAGUAAUCUUAAGACCAGUGUACGGAUCUCUCCUCCUAUGAAAUUCCAGCUGUUUGACACGCAGAAAGAGGCUCUGUUGCCGAGCAUAGGGCAGCAAGAAGACUUCAUUUCUUCUCUCGCUCCCACUCUACCGACUGUACUUGAAGAGUCACUGGCUAAAUGCUGGACCAGGACAGCCCCCUGGCCCAGCUGGAGCAGACAGAGUGCACGAGUACAUUCGUUCAGCAUUGAGACGAAGGCUCAGCUGCAUAGACAAGCUGCAGCAACAAAUGAAGCUACUUGUACCUGGGCUGGACAGCUGCCUGCACGCAUCUACAAAAACCCUAUCUACUCCUGUAAAGUGUUCCUGGGAGGAGUGCCCUGGGACGUCACAGAGGGUAGUCUUUUGAACACCUUUAGUGUGUUCGGAUCUUUAAAGGUGGAGUGGCCUGAUAAGGAUGGGAGACACUCUCAAUGUCCACCUCAAGGUUAUGUGUACCUAGUUUUUGAUUCGGAGAAAUCAGUAAAGGCUUUGCUCCAAGCCUGCAGCCAGCGUCACCUGCAUCAUACAGAUUACCUGGAGUACUACUAUAAGAUAUCUAGCAAGAAGAUACGCUGUAAGGUGGUGCAGGUGAUCCCAUGGGUGAUCACAGAUAGCAGUUUUGUGUGCUCACCCUCGCUGCAGUUCUUCCCCAGGAGAACAGUGUUUGUUGGGGCUCUGCACGGCAUGCUGACGGCCGAAGCUUUGGCUCACAUUAUGAAGGAACUGUUCGGGGAAGUCGUGUACGCUGGGCUCGACACGGACAAGCACAAAUAUCCAAUAGGUUCUGGGCGUGUGACAUUCAGGAAUCAAAAAAGCUACCUAAAAGCAUUGACUGCUGCUUUUGUGGAAAUCAAGACCACUAAAUUCACCAAGAAGAUUCAGAUUGAUCCAUACCUUGAUGACUCUAUGUGCCAAAUAUGUAAUUGCCAACCAGGCCCAUUCUUCUGUAGAGAUCAGACUUGCUUUCAGUACUACUGCCGCUCCUGUUGGCACUGGCAUCACUCAACAGACAUGCUGAGCAGUCACCGGCCUCUGAUGCGCAACCAGAAGAGCCUUAACCUGAGCUAAACAACCAAUGCAAACUGUAACUCUGCUGCUUACCCAGAGGAGUGUGGGUUUACCUGACCCACAGAGGUUUAACUGUGCCAUCUUCUUUCAACUUGCCGGGUUGAGCAAGAGAAUGACCAUAGAACGUUCAUGCACUGCUUUCUCACUUUUUCGCAGGUUACUUGUUCACUAAGGCACUAUGUAGGGCGCCGUGCCAAGGGAUGAUGGUCCAUUUUACUAUUACCUGGAUAAUCAUUACUAUGGAUAUAAUCCCAGAAUUCUGCAGGUGGCGAAUAAAAAAAUGCCUCCUUGAUUUUUAAAAUUCUUUCCACAACUUUGCGUUGGAAGUUUUCAAAUAUUUAUUAUCAUGUGAGUUGAAUAGCAUUUAUGUUGCCAGUUUAUCAGCAUGUUAUUAGAAUUAUUAAUGAUGGAAUUACCUUUAAUUUACUUUUAAUUUACAAACUCAAUUUUACUGGAUUAUGAUGUAGUCUACUGGAUUAAGAUGUCAUAGCUGUGUGGAUUAUUUCUAACGUAGAGAAGGGACUUAACAUUUUUUCUUAUCCAUUCAAAAAUGUUAAUGUGCAGCAGCAUUAAACAGCCUAUAUCUCACUGUCAUUUCUUGUUAGAAACUGUUAGAUUGUGGACUGUACAUAGUUUUUAAUCAAAUUGUUGCACUGUAUUCAUUUGCACUUUGGGACAGGGGGAAAACCGCUGUUUUAUUCUACAUUUGGAGAACUGUUAAAUCUGAGAGUUGUUUAAACAUUGUUCUUUACUGAUCCUGUUUCUGUUCCUGUUCCUAGUAACGUGAACUAACUCUGGUUCAAAGCCUACUGAUUGUAAACCAUUCUACAUCAAUUUAAAUUAACCCCCCUGUUUUAUUUAGGAUUUACGGCUGUGUGCCAAAGAAAGUAUUAAUCUCUCUUUCUCUCACUUUCUCUCUCUUUCUUGUUUUUUUAUUGAGUUUUGUUAUGCUAAGCUUGUUGCCUGAUCCAGCUGCUUUUUUAGAGUUUUAAAAUCUCUACCUCAUUGGUCUGCGAUUGUUGCCAUGGUUAAAUAACUUGGUGGUUGUUCCAGUUGGGCACAAUAAAAGGUGGUAAAGUGUU